AUGGACCCAGUGAGACUGCCUGACUAUUUUCCAACAGGGAGACUGGCUGAGCCUUUACAAGAGUCAACAACCACACUUAAACGACGUAGGACUAGGUCGGGUUGUGUUACAUGCAGAGACAGGCACAUAAAAUGUGACGAAGCGGUGCCUGUUUGCAACAAUUGUCUACGACUGAGGCGUGUGUGUUAUCGAGGCUUAAGAUUAAACUUUAUUCAAUACACUUACUACGAUCCAAGAAAGGACAGUUCAACUGAAAAAGCUGGUCUAGAAACAGACCUACGACAUCAACCUCAUCGAAUAUUAGAUCAAUCACUAAGUAUAGCUGCAUUGUAUAAUGGGCUGGAAAAGUAUCAUCCAUUUUUGCAUUUGCACUCACAACAAGACUUGAAGGAUUCCGAUAUGGAUUUCCGGGAUGAGAAUUAUUUACCCCUUAACGAUCCCACCCUAUCUGACCUACCGAGUAGUCACCAUUCCACUAAAAACUCACACACGACACCAAAGAGAAAACAAAGAGGUGAUAAUGUUACUGAAGCAUCACAGCCACAAAGUAACCAGCACAUGCCUUUUGAGGAAAAGAGCACUAAGAAUAUGAACAAGAUAUUGUCUCAAUCGCUGUCAAGCUACUCUAAUCAAAGCGCUCUAAGCUCACAACAACUGAGCUUGGAAACUCCGGCAACUUCUUUGACCCUUACACAACAACAAUCAUCCCAAAUGUUGAGUUAUCCCACAUCUAACCAAGUUGCCGCCUCUAGUUUACCCUACACAGGCAUAGGUGUUCAAAACACAACAGCCGCCGUAGCGUAUGAUCACCAGUAUUACAUAAGUAUACUCGUGAGAGAGCAAUUUUUUUGGUUACUCGAUCAAUUCAACGAUUUCAAUAUUUGGCAAACUGUCAUCCCCGUGGUCUGUGUAAAAGAAACAGACAACUUUUUGUUUUCGUGCCUUAUGAACUGUUCUCAAGACCCAAGCAUUUCCGAGACGAUUGAUCUAAAGUUUCUUGUUGAUUUCCAAACUUUCAAAUACAAUCAAGUGACGGAAAUUGAGCUUAUUCAAGCUUCAAAUCUACUGCUUUUUGAAACGUUAUUGAUCAGCGUUUGCUUAGUUCUAUUGAGCAUAUACUUGAAAAUUCCCAAUGGCAAACUAACGGCUUUCCACAAACAAGUGCUCAACAACCAAGCAAACUUAUUUGACCAACUUUUGGCAAAACUAUUCAUCUACUUUAUGCACUUGGGUAAUGGUGAGAAGUCAUUAGUCAUCUCCUCAUGCAUACAAUCAAUAACGAUCUUGAAGUUCUUCAUGAACAAAUAUUACGACCUAGCGUUUAUUCACCACUCUACACACAUAAUUAACCCACUUGAUGUUGAUGUGUCAAGUUUUAUCAAGUUCAACUCCUAUGAAAUCAACUUUCUCAAUUCGUCCUAUAAGACCAUUGACAUUACAUCUUCGGAAACACAACGACAACACACAGUUGUCACACCGCAAAAUAUCAACCUUGCAGCACCACGUCACAAACAAGAAUCCAGAACCAAUCAACAUACAUAUGCAAUAGAAACAACGGCAACAACAGCGGUCACCGAAUCAAGAAAACUAAAAGACUUGCUAUGGUACUUGAUCAAACUUGACUACGUUGUCAAUUUCCCCAACGAGGCAACACAGUUUUCAACACACAACAAUAACGAAAAUCCUGUCCCCGAUAUGAGUGUUCCAGAACUCACAUUGACACCCAACUCGAGACUAAUUACCCGUGCUAUUCUACGAAGUUUCACAUUCAAAUUGCUCAAUAUGAACAACGGAAUGAUUGUGCAACAAUCAAACUUGCAGAUUCGUCAGUAUUUCGAGUUGAGUCGACAAAAUGGCGUAGACGUGGGCAACCAGCUUUAUAUCCAUUAUUUUGGUUGGACAUUGCGGUACGUGAAUGUAAAUUAA